AUGGUACUGUUUCAGAAUUUAGUAAUUGAUGAAAGUUUGGUGUUGUGGAAAGGAAGAUUGAGUCUUGAGCAGUUUAUAAAGUCUAAAAGGCAUCGUUUUAGAGUAAAACUUUUUGUAUUGUGUGAUGUUGAAACCAAUUUUAUUUUAGAUUUUAUAAUUUAUACUGUUGCUGAAACUCAUCUAUUGCAAUGUGACAAGAACAUAGGCAUAUCUGGGGCAGUUAUUAUGACUUUAACAGCACCAUAUCUAAAAAAAGGACACAACUUAUACAGAGACAACUGGUACACCUCACCUAUUUUAUGUCAACAUCUAUAUAAAAAGAAAACAACACUAACUGGAACUUUCAGGAAAAAUAGAAGAGGGAUGCCUGAUUUAAAUAAAAAAAUAGCAAUAGGUGAGGUACAGAGUAGCCACACACAAACAAUGAUGGCAUUGAAGUGGUUGGAUAGGAGAGAAGUCUACAUGUUAUCAUCAUUAUAUGAUUCUAGUUCAGCCAACACAAACAAAACAGAUAGAGCUAGUGGUACAGUUAUAAAAAAACCUACAUGUGUUUUAAAUUAUAAUGCAUGUAUGGGAAAUAACGAUAAAUGUGAUAUGCUCUUAGUUUUGUUGAAUGUGUACGAAAAUCAAUGA